AUGGAGGCCGGAAAGUUCCUGGGGUUCAUGAUAACCCAGAGGGGAGUGGAGGCCAACCCUGAAAAGUGCCAAGCAAUACUCCAGAUGAGGAGCCCGGGCUGCAUCAAAGACGUUCAGCGACUGACGGGAAGGCUCACCGCGUUGUCCCGAUUCCUUGGUGCAUCGGCAGCAAAAACCUUACCCUUCUUCAACUUGAUGAAGAAGGGAAUAGCAUUUGAAUGGACCCCUACGUGCGAAGAAGCGUUCAACCACUUCAAAGAGAUUCUAGCAACACCCCCGGUGCUCGGUAAGCCCAAAGCCGGAGAACCACUCUAUAUGUACCUAGCCAUAACAGAAGGGGCGCUUGCGGCGGUGCUGGUGCGGGAAGAAGGGAAAACCCAGCAACCGAUCUACUUUGGUCACCAGGUGGUCGUGAGAACGGAUCAGGGGAUUCGUCAGGUACUCCAAAAACCUGAUCUGGCGGAAAGGAUGAUGACCUGGGCCAUCGAAUUGUCCCAAUACGAUUUAAGCUACGAACCCCGACAUGCUAUUAAGGCGCAAGCAAUGGUAGACUUCCUAGUGGAAGUAACCGGGAAUCCAAUCGAAGACGCGGACACACGGUGGAAGCUCCAUGUGGACGGAGCCUCCAACCAGACAUCCGGGGGUGCCGGGAUCAUUCUAGAAAGCUCGACCGGAGUCACCUAUGAACAAUCGGUUAAGUUCGAGUUUCCCGUAUCAAACAACCAAGCAGAAUACGAAGCCCUCCUGGGGGGCUUGGUCCUAGCUCGGGAAGUCGGGGCAACGAGGUUGGAAGUAUGCAGCGACUCGCAGGUCGUCACCGCGCAGGUAAAUGGAAGCUACCAAGCCAGAGACUCGCUGCUACAGAAAUACUUAGAAAGGGUCAAAGAGCUGAGCAAACAAUUUGAGGAGGUCACGAUCCAACACGUUCCAAGGGAAAGGAACACGCGGGCAGACCUCAUAUCCAAGCUCACAAGCACAAAACCUGGAACCGGCAACUGCUCCCUCAUUCAAGGCAUCACGAAAGAGUCGGCAGUCACCCUCCACCUGACCAAGAUAAGCCCUUCUUGGAUGGAUCACAUCACCGACUUCUUGGAAAAUGGAAAACUCCCUGAGGACGAGAAGAAAGCCAAAGUGUUAAGAAGGGAAGCUGCCAAGUAUACGGUCAUACGGGACCAGCUAUUCAAGAAGGGACUCAGCCAACCUUUGCUGAAGUGCCUGCACCCCGAUCAGACGGACUACGUGCUCAGAGAAGUCCACGAGGGAUGCUGCGGCCAUCAUAUCGAGGGCAAAGCCCUAGCUAGGAAACUCAUCCGAGCUGGAUACUACUGGCCGACAAUGAUGAAUGACUCCAGAGGAUUCGUGAAAAAAUGCACGAAGUGUCAGCAGAACGCCAACUUCCACAAAGCGCCAGCUUCCGAGUUGAGCCUACUGACGUCUACCCGACCUUUCACACAAUGGGGAGUCGACCUCUUGGGACCCUUCCCGGUUGGUCCAGGGCAAGUCAAGUAUCUCAUAGUCGCCAUCGACUACUACACCAAAUGGAUAGAGGCUAAAUCAUUGGCCAGCAUAUCCUCAUCCAAUUGUAGAAAGUUCAUGUGGAGGCAGAAAAAUGGACAAGUGGAGUCCGCAAAUAAGGUCAUCUUAUUAGGUCUCAAGAAACGUCUAGACAGCAAAAAAGGCGUAUGGGCCGACGAGCUCGCCUCGGUCCUCUGGUCCUACCGAGCAACCGAGCAAAGCUCCACGGGGGAAACCCCCUUCCACCUAACAUACGGGGUUGAUGCGGUGAUACCUGUGGAGAUCGGCGAGCCGAGCCCGCGGUUACUUCUCGCGAGAGUAGAAGAAGCGGUGGACAAAGACCUGGUAGACGAGGUCAGAGAAACGGCCCACUUGUUAGAGGUAGCGCUGAAACAAAGAAUAGCCCUACGCUACAACACCAAGGUUCUCAGAAGGGAAUUUGAGGAAAGAGACCUCGUCCUGCGACGCAACGACGUCGGGCUACCAACCCCAGAAGAAGGAAAGCUGGCGGUAAACUGGGAAGGUCCCUACAGAAUCAGAGAAGUGCUUGGCAAAGGCGCCUACAAGUUGGAGAGACUCGAUGGCAAAGAAAUCCCAAGAACAUGGAAUGCAGGUAACCUGAGGAGAUUUUACUCGUAG